UACAUUUCCUUUGGAUAUUUCCUUAUUACUCGUACCUCUGCUAUGGGUUACGACAUUUAGUUAGUACCUGCAGCACCUUGUUAUCCUCUGAAAGAACCAUGGAGUUCCAUGUUUUUGUUUAUAUUGCAAUCCUGCUUGUCGGAACUGGCAUAAAUGCAGCGUCAUACUGGCCAGAAGUUAUUCUGGACAACCGCUGCAAUCAGACGAUUGACCUGCCGGCUUCCGGAAAAGCCGGAUCACUCGUGUUCCCCAUCUUGCCAAGGGACUUCUGCAAAGUGAGGGUGGUCCUGGACACCUUUUCCUGGUACUAUUAUUCCUGGACCGAAACUUUCCCUCGUUACAGUAUCUACCUGAAUAUUAGAAAGUCCAACAUGCCGACAAAUUCGCUGAUGGAAAUAUACGAUACAUCAGGCCGUACUCGAACGCUAGGAAAAUCGUGGGGCGGUGGUGUACAGUCGCAGCACUUCAACCCCACUUCAGCCGGGCAGUAUCUUUCGCAUUACGACGAACAGCCAGAGAUUUCCAUAGAAUUCACGCCCUCCAGUUCCUAUCCACCAGGCGCGCCGCAUCAGGUUUUCUUCGAUUACGUCAUAGUCGAGGAAAGCGCCGAGAAUCACAACUCAUACUGCGGCGCUCUGGGCGGUUACGUCUACGACGAUCUCAUCUGCGAUCAGUACAAUGACCGCGUCAACUGUCCUGAAAACUAUAACAACUCUAUCUACGAUAUGGACCCGGCACUUGAACGACACCAUCGCUGCGAUUUGAUGGUAGACACUUCCGGAUGUCCAGGUCCGGAGUGGUUCGCCAGGCCCGGAUCAUCUGACUGCUACUAUGCGUUCGCUGCGCUUGACACCGGCGCCACAUCAGGACCAUUGUCCACCCAGAUAACGUUUGCCGAAGCUGUCGAAGAAUGCAACUAUCGCGGUGGGAAACUGUUUGCUCCUAAAGACAAAACUGAGCUGGAAUUCGUCAUGAAUAAGUUAACGUCGGCAGAGGAUCAUUACUGGAUCGGGCUGACCUAUCAGUCCGGUCAGUGGCGGUGGUUGGACGAUAACGGCACCCCGGGUGCGAUUUUCAAUCCAAGCCUGUUUCCGCCAUAUGAUUUCGGAUGGUUCCGACCCAAUGAGUUGUCAAGACCAGCAACUGAAUUCCGAGGCACUAUUCGAUUCGUCGAUUUUGAUGACAUGUUCUACCUGGAUGCAGUCCUCAAGAACCAGACAAAUGGAUUUAUUUGUUCCGGCAGCUUCAGCAGGCAGCAACCGUGUCGUGUCAACGAUGGAUGGAUCUAUGACGAUCAGGCUUGUUAUCAGUACAUACCGGAGCCCAGUAACUAUCCAGAUGCGCAGUCACAGUGUCGAUCGAAGGGCGGUUCCGUUUCUGGAACAAACACAGUUCGGGAAGACAAAAGGAUUAAGGAAUGGAUUCGCAAUCGUCUGAGGAACACUGUUGCGUGGCUUGGCAUAACCAUCCCAAACAAAACCAGCGCCGUAAACGCUCGUAAUGUUUACUUUGACGAUGGACAAUUACUCGCAAACACUUCAACCGACCACUGGAACUUGGAAGGAAAAACGCUAGAGCAAUACAUUGCUGGAUUGGCCAAUGGAAGGACAUACUGCGGAGAAAUUUACAGCAUAGUGGAGCGCCCGAGUUCCUGGUCUAGCGGCGUGGAUCAGCAUGACUAUUAUUUGCGACCUUACUGCGAUUUUUCUUUUCCAUACGCAUGUGAAGCACAAACAAUUACCAACAACGUUGUACCAGCAGUUUAUCCUGAUAUUGAAUGCUAUUCUCCCUUUACGCGUUUCCAUGAUGGAUGCUACUACUUUGUCGAAGGGAGACGGAACCGGGACGAAGCGCAGAGGUUUUGUAAAAGCUAUCGUUAUGAAGGCGCUUACCUGUACACUCCAAUGUCGAUUGGUCAGAAUAUCUACAUCCGAGGCCGAAUCGAAGAGGAAAUUUGGCUGGGGAUCAAAGCAGCAUCUUUAAAUGAAGAUCACGAGUGGAUACAAGAAUACGGAGACGAAACUGUUUUCACCUCAUUGAAGAAUUACCACAAUUACGCUGACCACGCCUCAUGGCCAUCGGCAGAGACUGAUCAGCUCUGCACGAUAAUGGAUUACAAUUGCACCGACUGUUCGUACAUUGAUCGCGCAAAAUGGAAUUUUGCUUCUUGCACCGAGAAGAAACAAUUUUUUUGUUAUCACGAUGGCAGGCCGAAGAACGAUCCGGGCCCGACUCCCACGUCGAUAUACCAUCCCGGCUGUCCCACCGGUUGGAGACGAAACGGCGACAGUUGUUACAAAGAAUUUCUGGAAGGAACAACAUGGCGUGCCGCCAAGUCGAAUUGUCGCAACCUGGAUGACAAGUCCGACUUGGUUUCUGUUUUUACCGAAGAUGAAGAGCGCUACAUCCGAGAACUCGUUAGAGGACAUGGAUCCGAUACAACCUUCUGGAUUAAUUUCUAUUCCAACCGUCUAAACGUGUGGUUUUGGCAAACGCAGAACGAGACAGACAUUUACGCGCUGCCUGCCGCCAUUUUCAACUGGGCUGCAGGCGAACCAGACAACAGUCAUCCCAAUUGGCAGUCCAUCUUGGCGCCGAUAUCUGACACCAAUGCGCGAUGUGCUUACAUUCAGGCUGCUGAUGGCAAAUGGGCUGACCAUGGAUGCGGGACCAAUCGAGCGUACAUUUGUAAACGACCGUCAUAUGAUGCAGUCACCACAUCGCCAAUUCAGACUCCAAGCCAGUUUAGCUGUCGCGCAGACUCAUACGCCGUCGGCUCGAAGUGUCUAAAUAGAAUAUUCGAGCUUUCCACGUGGACAGCUGCCCAAAAUUCCUGCCAAAGCACGGGCGGCCAUCUGGCAUCGUUUAGUAACGAAGCAGAAUAUCGCUCUGUCGCUGCAUUCACAUCAAACGAAGUCUGGAUUGGUCUUAAUAGUCUGGACAGUCCACGCGAUCCGAAAGUGUUUAGUUGGAGUGACGGGUCCGCCACGGGUUACCUCCCUUGGAGAAAUCCUCCCUUUCCAAUAUCCUUUUUGGAUAUCACUGCCAAAGACUGUGUGACCAGCAGUGGAGAGCUGGGCCUUGCAGCGAUCUCUUGUGAUUCAGAAAUGCGUGCGGUAUGUGAAAGCGCGUUAUAUGAGACUUUUGUUGGAUGGACGCCUAUCACUAUUCCACUGGAAGACGGCUGCGAGCCAUGGGGUCAUCGUGUGGGAAGCAGCUGCUUCUACUUUGGCCAUGACCCGAAUCAUUCCUCGGCUUUCCGUCCAUACCACACCUUCGAUGACGCGCGUAAUUUCUGUCGCAAAACAUACGAAAACGCGGAUUUGGCAACGAUUGUGGAUAGCGAAGAGGAAGCAUUGAUAGACAACAAAAUAAGGAAGUAUAGCGGCGAUUACUGGAUCGGGUUAAGAGAAUCUAACAGGACGCUUAGCCUGUUCCAGUACUGGAUUGAUGGAACAUUUGUAUCGCUUACCAACUGGGCAUCCGGCCAGCCACAAACAAGUUUCAUCGAGACUAGAUGUGUCGCAAUGGAGGGCGCUAACACCGGCAGCUAUCGUCCUGGAGAGUGGUUCACUGAAUUCUGUGCAUCCCUGAAAUUUCCGCUCUGUAAAGCUCCUGCUCGUGAGACAUGGACACCUCCCACUGGUUCGACCACCAGACAACCGCCACCUACGACGACCCGCGUCCCAGUAAUAACGACAUCGACACAACGCCCAAUUACACCGACAACUGGUUCUUCAUUUGAAGUUCCAUCGUACUUAACUACUCCGCUGAAGAUCGGUUGUCGGCUCGGAAAACUGAACUUUUCCGAAAACGAUUUGGACCUGGUUGAUUCGCUAACAACGGUUUUCGACGGAGACAACACCCUGAACUGCCGACUGCUUUUGCAUGACCUCCAUUCGUGGAUUGUGGCGAAGGCCGGUGAAACUAGACAAAAACGGGCUUCGCAUUACGACCCGGUGACAGUGGAAUGCACCCGAGGCAACUUGACAAUCUCCAGCAUGGAGCCGGGAAUGUCGGAAUCGACUGAUUUGGUUUUUCGCACAGGAGCAUCAGCGCGGUGUAUUAAGGUUUACCGUGAAUUUUUGACGUACGUUGGCAGCUUCUACAAAAUGUGAUGAGAUUGCUCAUCAGAGUGAUAGUUAAUACGUAUUAACAAGCUGUCACAUAUUGUACUCUUGUACAGAUGCACUGCUUUAUUGCAAUUGCAGUAAGAAUUAUGGUACUAGUUGUGAUGAUUUACCAGUGGCCAUUUUUAUAUCGACGUUAAGGCUUUGAGUGCUUGUUUAUAUUAUUUGAUUUGUUUGGCUGUAUAAUCUGCUGUUGAUGAAGAUUUUGGGGAAAAGAAAAACGAGA